UUUUCUCGUAGCAGAGGACUCUUAACUGGGACACGUAUUAAAGAUCUACCAGAGUCGAUUAGAUCUAUCUAGAUCUAGAUAUAAUAUAUAUCUAAAUUUUAUUAUUGGCAAAGUAUGCAUUUUUGGUGCGAGCCCGAGAUUGUCAUCAUGCUAGAAAAUGCUCAUCCAUUAAUGCAAACAUUUCUUGGAACACUUUUUACUUGGGGUUUGACAGCUGCAGGGGCAGCACUAGUCUUUGUCUUUAAUGGAGCUCAGAGAAAAGUUUUGGAUAUUAGUUUAGGGUUUGCUGCAGGGGUGAUGACAGCUGCUUCAUUUUGGUCCUUACUGGCACCAGCCAUAGAGAUGGCUGAAAAUUCUGGUUCUUAUGGCAAUGAAGGCCAAUAUGCAUUUGUACCUAUAAGCAUAGGGUUUACUCUAGGAGCUUUAUUUGUAUUUGCUGCAGAUUUUUUCAUUCCAAACUCUGGAGACCUACUUCACCCAGAAACUAAAAGCUUAUCCGAUGAUCCCAAGAAUGAAGACUCCCCAAACUCUAUUAUGCUCACUGUUGAUGAAAGUGUGAGUUUCACAAAGUAUAGGAACAGUGCUGACAGUUCUUUAAAGAAGAGACAGACGUCCACGCCUGCCAUGGACAGCAUGUACUCAACUACCAGCCAGAAUUCAUCUAGUGCAUCAGCCUAUUUAGAAACCAACACAUGUCACUUGAUCAACUGGAGGCGGAUGAUGCUACUAAUAAUAGCAAUUACAAUACACAAUAUACCAGAGGGACUAGCUGUUGGUGUGGGGUUUGGAGCUAUUGGUAAAACACCGUCAGCAACUUUAGACAAAGCUAGAAACCUUGCAUUUGGUAUUGGAAUACAAAAUUUUCCAGAAGGCCUAGCUGUAAGUCUACCAUUACAUUGUUCUGGGAUGUCUAGGAUUAAAAGCUUUUGGUAUGGUCAGUUAAGUGGAAUGGUUGAACCUGUAGCUGGUUUACUUGGUACAAUAGCAGUAACAUUAGCAGAGCCCAUUCUUCCUUAUGCCUUAGCUUUUGCAGCUGGUGCCAUGAUAUUUGUUGUCUUUGAUGACAUUAUACCUGAGGCACAAAACUUUGGUAAUGGUAAGCUGGCAUCUUUUGGUGGCAUUGUUGGUUUUGUGGUCAUGAUGGUCUUAGAUGUUGGACUGGGCUGAUAGUUUUGUGCUGAAGAACUCAUGUAUUUAUUGAUGUCUCUUUGUCGACUUUGUGUAAGAUUUAAAAGGCAUUUACAUUUAACUUUUUUUGGAAAAAGAAUCUGAGUUUUAAGUGAAGGUUGAAAUGUUUAAAUGAAAUCUAUUAUUUUCUUUGUAUACAAUUCUUAUGGGGAAUUUCUUUCUAUGUUAUUUAAAAAUAUGCUUUUAUCAGAGUUAUUGAAAGUUCGGUCACAGUUUUACAUCGAAUUCUAAUAUAGAGACAUUUUUAAAUCUCUAUAUAUUCAAUACUUUUUUUUUUAAUGUGUAAUGAAUUAAUGAAUAAACUAGGUAACAAAUGAAAUAGAAAUUUAAAAGGUUCCAGAAGGGACAGAAAUACAUUGUUCCAGUAUGCAGAUACUUUAAGUACUCAUUCUUAGAAAAUAAAUAUACUUUUACAAAAAAAGUUAUUAAGUUAAACCAUAAUAGGUUAGUGCGUUAUAGGGGCAAAUUAUUUCACUUCGCCAUAACUUGGAAAUUAAUGUGGAAAGAAGGAGUAGAAAAAAAAAAGAUCUGAUUUAAAAAAAUAGCUUUUUGUAACUUAUUAUUAUUUAGAAUAUCUUUAUUAUUGAUAUGAAAUUCAAAGUAUUAAUAUUAAUUAGAAUAAUUUUUUAAAAUGAACUUUUCAAUGGAGGAACUAUGGGAAGACAUUUUACUCAUUGCUAUUAUUCUUAGAAACCACAGCAGAUUCCAAAACUAAUGUAAAAAUUGCAUUAAUUUUACAUCAUUUAAUUACAAAUCAUAAAGUGGUUUCAUUGUAAUUUGGAAUAAUACUUUAUAUGUGCCUGAUUUACAUAUCAUUUUCAGGGCAUCAUCUUUUUUUGUAUGGGGAAAGUUCAUAUUAUAGUAACAUUACUUUAAAUUAUAUAGACUUAGCAAACAAGUUAACUUAUGCUCUCAUUGGCUACGGUAUUUUAUUUUUACUUGACAUCAUUUCAAUGACAAAACCAAAGAACUUACAACUAUGUCAUGCUAGAACCCAUUUACAUAUUUUUUAAAAACAUUAUUGCAUUUUUAAAUAUUAAAAAAAGAACAUUACAGUACCUGACAUUUCAAUAAUUUAAUCUGCAUUGGCAAGUUAUGAAAAUAUUUUUUCUUAAAAAUUAGGGGUUACCUUAAUUGCCAGAUUUCAAAAUGUGCUAACUUGAUCUGAAAAAUUUUUAUGAUAUGUAAACUAAAAAUUUCCACUUUAAAUCAUGGUUUGUCUUUUUUUUAAAUUGUAAGGAAUAUACAGGAACAAAUUUUAUGACAUUCUACAGAAAAAUAAAAGUAAAUUUAUUUUAAAUUUUUAAGAAAAUAAUUUUUCAUUAAAUAAAACAAAACCUAGAACCAUCAAUGUAGGCCUACAAAUUGUCCUCUAAAAGAUCAUGUUGAUGUUGAUAAACACUGAAUAUAUUCUUAUUUUCUAACAUGAAUCUACGAUUCAGCUUUUACUUAGUUAAUGGGAAUGAAAAAACAAAUCAAUCCAUUAACCACAUUAUAUAUGUUUAUCAUGAAGUCAGAAAGUCUAAAAUUUAGUUUAUAGAGGAUUUUAUGUCUCCCUUUAGCUACAAUUAAUAGUCUAUUAAAUUAGGAGUAAUAUUUAAUAAUAAUAGCUCUUAUAGAUUGAGUUAAUAUGUGGAAAAAAUUGUUUUUUUUUGCCUUGAGAUUUGUGUUUGUAAAAAUAAAAAUGUUCUUGGCAUACAUUCCUUAGUACAUUUCUGGAAUGAUUCAGUAGUAAUUGGAUGCAAUGACUUUGUAAUUCAGCACCAAAUGUUUUUCUAAAACCAGAAUGGGUCAGCUGUUCCAGUAUACAAUGUCUUGAAUAAUCAGCACAAAGAGUAUCCUAUGACCUGAUUUAUUCUGUGCCAAGUGUAUGCUUACAUUCUGAGUUUUUCAGCACCUGAAUGAUUCAGUGUUUUGUUGAAAUAAAUGCUAUAGAAGUAAAAUGAAUACAGAAAUGUUUGCUGUAUUUUGAAGAUUGAGUUUUUAAAUAAAAAAAACUUUUCAAAUAAACAUUCCUCACUUAUGCUGAAAAAUGCUAUAAACUAUAUAUCUUUUGAUAUAUAUAUAUAUAUAUAUAUAUUUAGCUCACAUGUUUUGAACUAGAUUCCUGCUGCAGCUGUGAUUUUGGCUAAUCCCAUCAAAAAUUCAUUCAUGUUGUACUCAUGUGAUGAUUGUGUAGGAAACAUUUAAGACUGGAAACUAAAUUAGUGUUGUUGUAUUUUAUAAAUCCAUCGCAAAACUCUAAUCUUAGAUUGAUAAUGGGUGUGAUAUUUAAUAGAAUCUGCUGGAGCAAUUUUUUUUUAAAUUGAUAGCAAGUGUUGACCAGUCACCAGUACUCUCUCUUUAUUGUGAUGGAAUUUUGUGUGUGUGUUAAAAUUGCUAUCAGAUAUAUAGAAAAAUAUCUUGUGUGCAAGGACAAGGUUAGUUUGCUUAGUAAGAUUUAAUGUUUCUGACUUAACAGUAGUCAUUUUUUGAUUUAUUGAAUAAUGUCAAGUGACAAGCAAUUACUAAGUACCAAAGCUAUAGAAAGUGAAAAUUCUAUAACUAAAAGUAUUCUUUUGUUGAAACAAAUUUUUUCCUAAUUAUCAUUAUGAUAAAAAAUUAUUGCUAUUUUGUUUAGAGCAAAUGUCUAUUUGUUUUUAUGUACUCAGAUUUUAAAUUGUUGUUGAGAUAUUUAUUCAUUUUGUUUUACCUUGAACUCUCUGAGAUUUCAACGUGUAUAUUUUUAACAUUGUACUUGUUCAACAGUUUCAGUAUUUUAAUAUUGAUUAAGAAAUUAUUUCAGUGUAAUUUUUUGGUCUCAAUGUCACUCAGCCAGUUGGACCAUCAUUCAUCUUAAAAUUAAAAACCAACAAACCAGGAUUGGAAUUUUAAAACUUUUGGUUGAACAUCCAAACUCUUAACUUAUCUGCCACCAUGCUUCACAUAAUAGAUAUGUUUAUGAAUAUUAAAUUAUCAAAAAAAAAACAACUCUGGGACAUUAAAAUGAACUCUCAAACAUUUUUUAAAAAGAUUUUAAACGUUUGUAUUGGUUUUAAUCUACUUCAGUAAAUAUCUAUUUGCAUCAUUCAAAAUUCUUCUUAAGUGUGACUCACUAUUCAUUUAAACCUUGUGCCUUAUGUGACAAAGGGAGAAAUUGUUGAGUGUUUUUUUUUUUGAGUUAAAUAUAUUAGAGAAAAGAUUUUUAAACAAUUUAUUAAAUGAUUCUUUCUACUUUUAAAUGCAUGCUAAAAUUUUUACAGAUUACCAUAGCCAAUAAAUUAAUUUACAAUGUCUUGUAUAUUUUACUUGUAUUGUUUCCCAAGCUAUUUAUUUUGAAAAAUAUUUACAAUGAUUAAUAUUCUCAGUUCCAGUAAUAAUCAUUUAAACUAUGUCUUUAAUUGGUUUACUAGUCAGUGGUGUGUUAUUUAAGUCUUCAUAAAACUUAAAAUCUACAUUGUGAAACAAAGCAGUGUAAACAUUUAUAACUCUCUUUUUAAAAGUUGAUUAACACUAUAUAGGUCAGUGCCAUUUAAAAGUUGAUAAACACAACUUUGGAGGGUUCCAUUUAAAAGCUGGUAAACACAACUAAGGACAGCACCAUCUAUCAGCAUUUCAGCCAAAUGCACCUAGACAAUCAUGUUUCAUGUCAGCUUGACCUUCCUCUUCUUCUGCUCUGACUCUCUUAAAAAGAAAGUUUUAUAAAGUUGAAAUGACAGUAUUCAGACUGAUUUGUAUGUUGUUUUAUGUUAUAUGCUCUCAUAAUUAUUUCAUUUUGUAACAUCUACAAUGUAAUUUAUGCCAAUUGCAACCUUUUUGUUGAUUUUAAAUAUAAAGACAUUUUUAAGGAAAAAAAAAGUUUUGUGUUUUAUUGUCUAUAACUGAAUUAGCCUGUGUGAAUGCCCCAUUGGUAUAAAAGUCAUUAAGUAAUUGUUAAUCGAUAUUUUUUACAAAAUAGUUGAUUGUCAAGGUUUAUUCAUUUUAAAUUGUUCAUAAUUCUUCAGCAUUUAGACUGGCCAGUUUAUUUCCAGUUGCUCAAGAAUUUGACUGUAACAAAGUAUGCAUGCAAAUUAUAGAUCUAUUCAAGACAAUGCAUAUUUUACAAAUGGUCUGAUUCAUAACUGAUCACUCCAAUGCAUAUUCUAUAAACUAGGGGUGGUCUGAUCACUCCAAUGCAUGCUCUUGUCUUUUUCUAAUUUAUAAAUCUUAAACUUAAUAAAAAGGUAUUCAUUGUUAUAUACAAA